UGCGCUGCGUUGGUUGAGUGUCUUUGCAGCUCAAUGACAGCUCAUGUUUCAUCAGAUCUGACAUUGUACCGACUCGGACAGCCCCAAGGACCAAAGUUACCGACUUCUUCACACACUUGGAUGCAAGGCGAUCCGCUCGUCACAGGGCCUCAGGAGAACGUAGUAAUCUAUAAUGGUUUGUUUUGAGAUACGUUUUCAACUAGAAUGAUUAAAUACCGAAAAAGAGGAGCUUGAUUCAUGGUUAUGUCGGUGCGCGGUAGAUUAUCCCAAAAGUUUCCACCAGUCGUUCGAAGCGCAGAAGAUUCUAGUAGUUGAAAUGCAGAGAUAAUCUUGAAACGGAAUUUGCCCAAUGUAACAGGAAAAACACGGACCUGUUUUUUUUUAAUCGUGGAAGCGUCGAUAAAUUACACGAGAGGAAGUAUUGUAAAGAUUUUAUAAAUUAUAAACUGUGCCUAUACCCAAUUUGCCUCUGACAUAACCGGCCUGGGAAGUCUAUAGGACACUCCAAAGUGCCAUACUGAAGUUGACUAGGAUUUUGCGAGCACAUGAUGUACACAAUUACAAGAGGUCCCAGCAAACUUGUUACACAGCGACGAACAGGUCAAACGCAGCAGAUUGACAAAAUAAAUGACUUCAAGCACAAACAAACGCCUUGGUCUAUACCAGACUCUCCUGCACCCAAGAUAGUGUUUAACCGCCUGAAUGGGAAGAAGUACCACAACACCCCAACAGCUCUUCUACAGGUGGACCCCCAGCCCAAGGAGGGCUUCACCUCUGCACACCAGGAGAAUGUCAAGUUUAUCUAUGAAGGUAAAGGAGUGAGAGGCCAUAUAAAUACAAUUUAUAGAAUGGACCAAGCCUCUCAAACCUUGGCAAUUUGACUUUGACAGUACACCCAUGAGUACACUUAAUAUGGUUGUGACUGAGGACUUCUAUGGACAAUGGGCCUCUGGAAUCUGAUCUUGCCCCUACAACCCACUUUACAAAGAAUG